AGCACAUUUUCAGCUGUCAAAACAAAGCAGGAACCGCAGUGUUGCCAAUAUGGAGGAGCUGGUGCAGGACCUGGUAUUGGCACUGGAGCAGACCUCAGAACAAGCCGAGCUGGGUGAACUAUGGGAGAACAUGGUGCUUAGGCCGCUGCAGCAUCGGCGUCAGGUUCGCAAGCGGAGAAGUCGAAAACGGCGCUGUGACUUUGAGCAUAGCCGCUGUCUCAGCGAGGCGUCCGAGUCUAGUCUGGAUGAAGCCUUCUCCAGAAACUACAGACAUCCUGCUGCAGCGGUGCUAGCUAACCGCAGUCCUGUGCUAGCUAACCACAGUGAUUCAGAUGACACAGUGAUAGCAAAGCGCUGGACUCCAUCCUCAGUGUCCUUCAGAACCAGGCAGCAUUCCUGGCCGGAGUCUGACUCAUUUACGGAGAACACACUCAGCAGGUCUCUUCGCAGGCGCCGCAGGGUCAAACGUAUGCCACCCAAUGUGAGCGUAAACCUUCAGCCAAGGCUGAAAGUGUCUGGAUUGGAGAGAGGCGAGCGAACCCAUCGACAACAACAUUAUCGUCAUUAUCAUCAGAGGUCUUAUAAGAAGCAGAAGCUGGGACGUAUGAAGAAACGUUCUGGUGCCUGGGCAAAACAGGACAGCAGCUCUGCAGUGUCUGGAAGCCUGAAACUGGAAGGGGGCUGGAAGGACAAGAUUUUACGACAGACAAAAAAGCAGCGAGAGGCCACAGAUGAGAACAUGUCUGAAUGUGAGACGAGCAGUGUGUGCAGCAGUGACCCAGGCCUUUUCACCACUGAUGAGGGAAGACAAGGUGAUGAUGAGCAGAGUGACUGGUUCUUUGAAGGUGAAUGUGGGUCAGCUCUGAUGUCCAGCAGAGAGUCUGAAACGGCCCCCAGACCUGCCACGCUGGACGCUAUGAGAGAGAGGCAUCACUCGUCUACUUUCCUUCACCCAGCCCAACCCAGUCAGAGAGGUUAUCCUGCCCAUGUGAACCGUUUACCAGGUGUAACUGCAUGCUGUGUUAGGAAGAACAGGAGGAGAUUUUCUGGCAAGGAUAACAGUAUUGCUGCUUGUGUGGACAAACUGAGACACUACUCACAUGAUUCCUAUCAGAAGGAGUUCUGGUUGCCACACCAUGGGAAGCGGGAAAGAAAUCAGCUGAAACCUCUGUGUUCACUGUCCAUGUAUCCCAUUGGCGUAGUACCAGAGAGUUCCCAUUCCAGAUACCCUUCAUCUGAGUGCAGAAACAGACAGCGCAGUGUGCAGCUGGGAUUUCUAUGUGCAGGAGACGUCAACAGAAGGAGGAAGACCAUAGCAAUAGCUCCAGCCACUUCAGCCUACUUUCCUUUUUGUAAGGAUGCCAGGCAGGAAGAGGCUGAUCAAUGCUGCACUCAGGGAUUCUCUCCUGAAGGAGCAUGUGCUCUUCCCCUGCCCUGCACUUCUUACACUCACGACAUCGGCACUUCAUUCAGCAGCCACAGGGAACAAGAAGACGACUGACACAUGUUCUCAGUUCGGCUGCCCUCUCGUUGGGCACAGCUGCUCAGGGUGGAAGACCUACACUGGAACAGAGGGAAUACUGUGUGAAUUGAUUCCACAGGAGGAAAAAAGCAAAGUUCCUGUAAGUGAGUGUGAAUUCUGAUUAUGGAUGAAGUCUUUCCAACAAAAGUACAAUUUUACACGUGGGUAUGAA